UUUUUAUUGAACGAAAAAAGAUGUUUUCAAACCCUGAUGAUUCAAAAGUCCCUUAUGCAAAAACAGGGCCGAAACAGAUAGGUCCUUCAACCUCCUUGAACAGAUAUUCUCUGUGAGGAUAUCCUUGAAUCUAUGCUAAUUACACCCCGAUGGUAUCGCUGAGACAAACACAGAUGCAACUAAAUGUGACUAAUUUUGGGAAAUGAGAGAUGAGAAAAAGAAGUGAGGCCAGCUAUAUCAAAGUUACACCCUCUGAAAGACUCAAGGAAUCAAAGAAAAAUUAAAUCUGGAUGUGGCCAGUAUAGACAAAAGAGUCCUGCUUUUAGGUUAAAAGCAUCUAUUCGUAAAAAUAAUUCCUCGAUUCCUCCUCUCCAAAUUGGAUCUAUUGGGGAACCCGUUUUGAACAACAGAUACUUCUCAAAUUAACAAAGAUCUUCGAAUUAUUAGGAAUGUCCCUCAGGAAGAAUUUACACGACAAAGGCUUCAGACAUCAUGCACAAUCAAGAGACCUAAAAUAAAUAUCCAAGGCAAGAAGCCUCUUCUACCAAACCAGAGCUUGCUAACAUCUCUAUACCAGACUCCUAAAUCUCAAAAUAAGCUAAUUAACAAGAGACGCAACAUUCUCAAUCUAAGUGAUUCCGAUUUUGACUACAACUCAAAUAAAACUAAUACUCAAAAAGUUGCCUUCAUCAAUAAGAUUGGCAAGAAAAAGAUUAAUAACUCACUUUCUAUUCCACUACAAAACAGCUUGCUUAAAAACACAAAUGAGAUUAACACUGUAGCCAAAAAAAACUCUCUUGUCACGAACCUAUUUAUCAAAGGACUCAAGUCAAAAGUUCUCAAAAUUAAAAGACCAAGCACACAGGUCAUGAAGAGACCUGAAUGAACUCUAGAAACUCAAGAUAAAGAUACAGUGCAGAUACCUAAUAAGACUGUACCUUCUUCUCCCUGUAAAAAGUCUCUACAGAAGCCAAAGAAAAGUAACUUCAACCAGAACAUUGACCUUUAUGAAUUAUCAAACGAUCAAAUCUCAGACAAAGCUCUUGAUGUAUCAAACAAUGAGGCUGAUACUACCAAAACAAUUGGAGUACAGAUUAAAGUUCAUAACAGAAAACAAUAUCUGAGUAAGUACAAAGGAAAGCUCACUAAAAGAAACUCCUCGGUUCUUGAGACAGAGCCAGAGGGAUUCUCUGUAGCAAACUAGAACAGAUUAUCUUAUCUUUUUAUUUAAA